AGCUCAUUGUCUUCGCCGAGAAAACGAGCAGGAAAGCUUCCACCUUAUUCCAGUUUGUUCCUCUCAGUCUCAGCCAAUAAACUACUGAAGAAGACGCUCUUAGCUCAGGUAAAUUUCUCUCCAUUUUCCUUCGACUAUGAAUCGUUACAAAAUUCUGAAGCUUUCUUCGUUGAAUUUCCAAGCAACCACUAAUUCCCAAUCCUUCGCACUUUUCUCUUCGAUUUCUCCCCAUAAAACACCACCAGAUUCUCAAUUUCCAUCUCCCAAUUCAACCACAAAAGCCAAUUCGACUCUAACCCAGAAUUCUCUCGAGAAAUUCGCCCGGUCCUCUCAGUGGCAUUUCAUCAAACAGGUUGAAUCCACUCUGACUCCGUCGCUUAUUUCCGAUACCCUUCAAAAUCUUCACGAUUCUCCACAAAUUGUUCUCGAAUUGUUAAACCAUUUACAACAUGGAUUACUUGAUUCUCGAACCCAUUGCCUUGCCAUUGUCAUUGUUGCUCGUCUUCCAUCUCCCAAACCCACUUUACAGCUUCUAAAACAAGCUGUUGGGUGUGGCACUAAUUCAGUUAAGGAGAUUUUUGAAUUGUUAGCGGCUUCUCGUGAUCAAUUGGGUGUUAAAAGCAGUAUUGUUUUUGAUUACUUGAUUAAGUCCUGUUGCGAAUUGAAUAGGGCAGAUGAAGCUUUUGAGUGUUUUUACAUGAUGAAGGAAAAGGGUGUUGCACCCAAGAUUGAGACCUGCAAUGAUUUGCUGAGUUUGUUUCUUAAGUUGAAUAGAACUGAAACAGCUUGGGUUUUGUAUGCUGAGAUGUUUAGAUUGAGGAUAAAAUCUAGCGUUUAUACAUUUAACAUAAUGAUCAAUGUUCUAUGCAAGGAGGGGAAGUUGAAGAAGGCUAAGGAUUUUAUUGAGCAUAUGGAAUGCUUAGGGGUUAAACCGAAUGUUGUUACGUAUAAUACAAUUGUUCAUGGAUAUUGUUCGAGAGGGAGAGUUGAAGGGGCUGAUGCUAUUUUGAGUACUAUGAAAAGGAAAAAUAUUCGACCUGAUUCUUACACAUAUGGAUCUCUAAUCAGCGGAAUGUGCAAGCAAGGACGACUUGAAGAAGCGUCGAAGAUUUUUGAAGAAAUGGUACAAAAUGGGUUACUUCCUAGUGCUGUAACUUAUAAUACUUUGAUUGAUGGAUUUUGCAAUAAGGGUAAUUUGGAUAUGGCCUUUGGUUAUAAGGAUGAAAUGAUGAAGAAGGGCAUAAUGCCGACUGUAUCAACGUAUAACUUGUUGAUUCAUGCAUUGUUUAUGGAGCAAAAAUAUGAUGAAGCUGAAGGUAUGAUCAAGGAAAUUCACGAGAAAGGUAUUGCUCCCGAUGCUAUUACGUAUAAUAUCUUGAUCAAUGGGUAUUGUAGAUGUGGAAAUGCAAAGAAAGCAUUUCGUCUGCACGACGAAAUGUUGGCGAGUGGCAUUCGGCCAACGAAAGUGACAUACACAUCACUAAUUCAUGUUUUGAGCAAAAAGAAUAGAAUAAAGGAGGCAGAUGAUUUGUUUAAAAAGAUCACAAGUAAAGGUAUGUUGCCCGAUGUCAUUAUGUUUAAUGCUUUGAUAGAUGGUCAUUGCUCAAACGGUAAUGUGGAGCGUGCGUUUGAGCUUCUGAAAGAUAUGGAUAGGAUGAAGGUUCGUCCCGAUGAAGUGACUUUCAAUACAAUAAUGCAAGGACGUUGUAGGGAAGGAAAAGUCGAAGAAGCCCGUGAACUUUUCGAUGAGAUGAAGAGAAGAGGAAUUAAGCCUGACCAUGUUAGCUUCAAUACACUGAUAAGUGGUUAUAGUCGACGAGGCGACGUAAAGGAUGCUUUCAGAGUACGGGAUGAGAUGCUCGAUAAAGGAUUCAAUCCUACUCUUCUAACUUAUAACGCCCUUAUACAAGGGUUAUUCAAAAACCAAGAAGGUCAUCAUGCUGAAGAGCUGCUCAAAGAAAUGGUAAGUAAAGGUAUUACUCCCGAUGAUAGCACUUAUUUCUCAUUGAUUGAAGGUAUUACUAAAGUUAAUAGUCCUGUUGAAACUUAGAACACAUAAGAGUAUUUAUUUGGCAGAGAUUUUCAUAGAUCACCUGCAUGUAAACCUUCAUGUUUAGAAUGUUGUUUUGAGUUAUAUAUUGCAAGAGUCUCUGACAUACUUAGCUGAGACAUAGAUAUCAGUUGAUUCUAAAA